GCGCCGACGUCGGCGGCGAUGGGAGGUGCGUUGGCGGCGCGCGCGGCCCGGCCAUGAAGCUGCGCGUGGUGCGCACGUACACGUCGUGGCCGGUGUCGGCCGUGUGGACGACCGUGUCGGUGGCGGUGGCCGUGCUGGCCGCCUACAGUUUCCUGCAGCCGGCCUGGUUCGUGGGCGCCGGCCGGCGGCCGCACCUGGCGUUCGGCGCGCUGGCCGUGUGCUACCUGAACGCCACGGCCGGCGGCGCUGCGGCGCGCUGCUCCCCGCACGGCGCCGGCGCCUCGGCCGUCUGGCAGGUCACGGCCGUGCUCUGCGGCGGCGGCUGCGUCAUGCUGGCCGUCGGUGCGCUCGUCUCGCUGGCUCACGGCUUCCUCAGCACCCACGCGUGGCGCAGGAAGGCCUCCAUGGUGGCUGCCUACGUGCAGGCUGCCGCAGUGGUGCCCUCACUGCUGGGAGUGGUGCUCUUCCCCCUGGGACUGGGCUGCUCGUUCGUGAGGACAGAGUGCGGGCCCGAGUCCACCGUGUACAGCUCGGGACACUGUGAGGUCGCCUGGGGCCUGGUGCUCUUCAUCUUCACACUACUGGUCGGCGUCUACUGCCCCAUCCUGGCGCGCUUCACCGUCGUCAAGGAGUUCAUGCCAGAGUACUAUUCCAACCUGAACUAUUUGUAGUGCCGGCUCUGAGUCGUGUUUCCGUGAUAACGCUCACAUGACAUGGAGAUACCCGAUGGAUUAUCGGUGAUAAAUCUGUUCGUAUUUCUACGCACCGAUGUGUUCGUGUUUGUGAGUAGGUGUCGUAUGCCUGGGGCGCUAUGUGUGUGUGUCAGGGCUACGCCAACCUUGCAUGUGAGCUGUAGAAAAUGUGUGGGAGCGGGUGGUAAGUGUGCCGCCGGGUGCGGGCCGUGCGUGCUGUGCGUGCGAUUCACAGCGCGGCCGUAAUCCUAUUGGCCGGGACGUAAAUCGACGCGAAGCCGGCGCCGGUUCUGUCGAGAGCCGGCACCGACGGACGCGGAAUUAAUUCGGCCGAAUUCUCCGCCCGCGCCGUGAGAAAUGGUUCGGCCGGACGUCGACGCGCCGAGGAAUCUGCAUCGUUAAUCGCCGGCGCGGCACCGGCCGAGUUUUUCUUCUGGUCGGUGCCGACGGAUCAAGUGGCAGAGAGCGAUCGGAGGACGGCCACAAGGCAAAGGUGCCACCGCGGGGGGUUGUGGAAGUUGGCGGGAUUCGGUGGCCUGAGGGAUGUACAAUAUGCAAGGGGAGGAGCUAACGUGCACUGUUCAAUCCACGCACUUAUAAUUGCUUUUCAAACAGUGGUGAUAAGCUCCGCACGGAGUUCUUCAUGUCGUAUUUUGAUAAACUGCUGACGAAUACUCAGUACAACAGUGCAGUCGCAGACAUCUUGUCUACCAUCAGCCUCGCAUCUCUACGUCUCGUCUUUUACUCUCAGCUUCAAUUCUCAGAUAUGUAGGCAUAUGGCGCCUAUAAAUAUUCUGACGGCCGGCAAUUUGCAAUGAGUAUGCUAUCUGGUGUGCAAUAUUUGUGCAAUUGGUGUCAUGCGUAUUGCAUAAUUCAUGACGGUUGAUCUGGACGGCGCCGCCGACGGGCCCGUCCUGGUCCGCAGCUCGGCAGACGGAUGUUCUCAGCUCAAACUGUGUGGAAUCGGCGGGAUGCACGGUGCUGGACUUCGCUAUGCAACGAAAUGGCCGGCCUGCGUCGUUUUAGAUGUUUUGUUUUACACAACAUACAUGUGCUCAUAUCUGGUGUAGACUAAGUCGGUCGGCCAUCUUCUCAUUCCUUAAAAGAAAAAAUGUUAAACGCGUAAAACUGUGCGAAACUCUAAUGCCUCGAUCAUUUCUUUUCAUUUAGUGAUUACAAUUGUGUUUAUAUGUAGAUGUCCAAUGAGCUUAUUCGAAUAAAAUCAUUGGAAAAUAGCUAAAUAUCAUUUAUGGCGGCGGAAUUUAAAACUUCUAGUCGCUAGCUCUUUUAUUCCAGUGACCGGGUUAAGUUUCAUUUUGGCACGACGAUGGAGAGAGCCUUGCCCGAGCCUGGUCUGUGUGUAUGCAAAGCACGUGGCGUGUGCUGUGUGACGUCGGGGCACGGUCUGUAUCAAGGCUCUAUAGAAGUCUGUAUGCUUACCCUGCAGGGUCAAAAACACUGCUGUGUCUCGAACGGACAUAAUGCAUCUUUGUACCAAAUACAUAUUGUUGUCAUCGUA